AUGAUCGCAAGAUCCUGCAUGUUGCUUACAUGGGUGCUUUCCAUAUUGCUAUGCUGUUCUAGGGUGUUGGCCUUCAACUGCACCUCAGCCAUUAUCUUUUCGCCAGCAGGUGCAGACUUACUUCGCAAGAACUGUCGAGUAAUUCAUGGCGAUGUCACUAUCGGUCCCUCCAAUGACAAUAGCACGACCCAACAUAUCAAUCUCGACGGUGUUGAGGUGAUCGAAGGCUCUUUCUGGAACUAUGUGGUUGCCCGACGCGACGAACUUGAUGACCAGCCUUACUUCACACUCUCUAGCUCAACUUUGACCGAAGUGAAGGGCGAGGUCGAAUUUGGAAGAUAUCCCACAAAGCUACAGAACCUCACUCUCCCAAACCUCAAAACUGUGAAUAUAAGCUUCGAAGUAGGAUGGUGGGCAGACGAUCUCACCUAUCUGGAUGUCUCAAGUCUGGAGUCAGUGUCCCGCUUUGUUCUUGGGGCCGCUAAUCUCACCACGUUCCGACACAAGAGCUUGCGCAAUGCGAAAACUGUAGGGCUUUACCCGACGCAAAUCGACUCACUUGAUCUUGUAUCUGAUUCUCGACUCAAUCUCACUAAUGUUGGCUUUCAAGGCCCAUUUCCAAACCUCAAGAACAUCAAUAUUGGGUUUGCAUAUGCCAAAUUGUGCAGCAUUGAUGCCAAUGCAUCUCUGACACUGGGUGGCCCUUCAGCAACAAACAUGACAAUCGGAACUCUUUCUCUCGGCGGUGGUGUUUCAGAUAUUAAGCGCAGCACGGAGCUGGAGUCAAUCAGUGUGGAUAAACUGUCAUUGGCUAGCAGCAUUUCCAUUCCACACCUGGAAGUCCCAUUCGACAACCUCCGCGAUCUGACACUUGAACAAAACUACGAAACUCAUCCUGUCAAGGAUAUCACUCUACCACCGCAAGCCGUGAACUGGACAGGCGGCUUCAGACUGCGUAUUAGUGAUGCUCCAGAAUUGAAUCUAACCUCGAUAUACCGUACCGACGACCAAAACAACCGCGUCCAAACCUGGUACUGGCCAACAAACAUCUCGUCGAUUUGGAUUUCCGGUGCUAAUAUUAGUAACGAGUUCUUUGAUCCGUUUGUCGCUCAGCAAAAUUCCUCCUUGGACAGCAUUCCGCCUCCAUCAGUGUUGGAUUCAUUCUGGGUCCUUCCAUCGGCAAACAGUACUGGUUUCAAGUGCGCGCCCUUCAACGAGCUAUCGUACAAGGGCCGUUUACCUACUUCUAAGUAUGAUUUCCUGUGCUCGAACUCCACAAAAUCCAGUGGAAGUGCUUUCAUUCGUACACCAAGCUCGCUUCACCUUGCCGGUGUCGCCCUUGGAGCAGCUUUGUGGAUGGCAUGA